CAUACACAAAUAACAUUCGUAUCUGACCGCUCGAGCGUUAAGGUCGUUUAGCAAACAUGAUUGCUUUGACACUUAUUUUUAUCGCGAUUGUGCUGUGCCUACUGUCUUGGCUGUCCAUGUUAAGGGACUACAAAAAAUUGAAAGUUCGAGGACCAGUACCCUUACCCUUAAUAGGAAAUGGGCUUCAUUUUGCUGUGAGUUCAGAGAGGUUUUUGCCAGUCAUGAAAGAAUUGGCUGAUAAAUUUGGCAACGUGUACUCGAUUUAUCUUUCAUCUUUUCGAUACUUUAUGGUUUUGGACUCCCAUUUUACAGAGGGGUUACUAUCCAGCUCCGAGUUCAUCGAGAAAGGUCGAUCUUAUAAUUUUCUGAAGCCCUGGCUAGGUUCUGGUCUCCUUACAGCUAAGGGACAACGUUGGAAAACGCAUCGGAAAUUUUUAACGCCCACUUUGCAUUUUAAUAUAUUGCAAAACUUUGUGCCAGUCUUUUGCAAGAAUGAGAACAUUUUGGCCAAAAAAUUAAUGAAACUAGCUGAUGGACGAGCAAUAGAUAUAUUUCCUAUAAUAGCUCUAGCUGCUCUCGAUAAUGUCACAGAAUCCGUUAUGGGAGUAGAUAUGAAUGCACAAACUGAUACAGAAUCGAAAUAUGUGAAGGCUGUGGAAUGCAUUUCAAAUAUUACAGCAAGCAGAAUGAGAAAUUCGUUCUUAGCUGUAGACGCUAUAUUUAAUUUGACAUCUUUAAAAAAGAGGCAGGAUGAUGCGUUGAAGGUGCUACAUGGCCAAACAAAACAAGUUAUUGAUGCAAGACUACUAGAAAUAGAAAGAUUAAAUAUUAAAACUAUUUCUGAUUUUUCAGAAAUAGGAAUCAAAAAUAAGCAUGCAUUUUUGGAUUUAUUACUAUUGGCAGAAAUUAAUGGUAAGAAAAUAGACAAUGAACAUAUCCGUGAAGAAGUCGAUACUUUUAUGUUUGAGGGUCACGACACAACGGCAUCUGGAAUUACAUUUACGUUAUUUUGUUUAUCGAAACACAAAGAUAUUCAAGACAAAAUUUACAAUGAACAAAAAAGUAUAUUUGGAGAUGAUAUGAAGAGAGAUCCCACUUACUCUGAACUACAACAAAUGAAAUACUUGGAGAUGGUUAUCAAAGAAGCUCUUCGGUUGUACCCGUCAGUGCCCCUCAUUGAACGCAAAAUAACUCAAGCAGCAGAUAUAGCAGGAUUCUAUGUACCUGCAAAUACAUCGAUAGUGUUAAACAUAUUCGAAAUGCAACGUAAUCCUGAUAUCUUUAAGGAUCCUAUGGACUUCAGGCCAGAGCGCUUCGAUUCCUCCGUUAAUAGGAAUGCCUUCAGUUGGAUACCAUUCAGCGCUGGACCCAGAAAUUGUAUAGGGCAAAAAUUUGCCAUGAUGGAGUUGAAGAUAACCAUCGCAGGAAUUAUAAAACAAUUCCAUCUGCUGCCUGCUGGUGUGGAGCCGAAAUUGGCCGCUGACCUUAUUCUACGAUCUCGAAAUGGAGUUCAUGUGAAAAUGCUUCCGAGAGAAUGACGACCGACUGUAAAAAACUAAUAAACGAAUUACUAAAUGUAUAUUCAAAACUAAGGACGUAUACAUAAGCACUAAAGUUUUUGAAGUUUUUUUUUAAUAUGUGGAUAGGUAGUAUACUAGUACUUAGGUAUACCUACAUACUUAUUUAGAAUUUAUUUAUGAAUUUUAGGUAUGGUGUGGAAUGGUACCUAAUGGUUUAUGGUAAGUAUUUUUUGACCCCCGACGACAGGCGGGAAGUUAUAAGUUUAAAUGUUUAACGUGUCUGUGGUGUAUCUGUAUGUCUUUCCGUGGCAUCGUAGGUAGGUGACUUAGUAGCCAAACGGCUGAAUCGAUUUUGAUCUAGUUUUAUUCGAGAGAGUUCUUAGCUAUAUUUGGAAAAUGUUCAGCCAUUUAGAAAUUUGAAUAUUUCUAAAUGCCUAAUUUCUCUUUUCUAGCGGGUGAGACGAUGUCAACAACUUCGGAGGGGGUAUUUUAAAAUUUUAAUUUAGUUUUUAUUUCCCAAUAUUUUUACUGAUAGACUCAGGCUAUAAUGACCUACCUACGCCUGGUUCUUUGUAGACCUAUGCAUCCAGAUAGUUAUGACUAUUUUACCUUCGCCAUGUUCCUAUGUCUCGGGCGAAAUCUUUCAACUCAAGUUUGAAGCAAAUAUGUUCAACCGAAUGAGUUGAAAUUUUGUACACACGUUUAGUUUUGACAAUGCAUUAUUAUGAUAAGCAUGACCCAAUGAUGCAUCCAAGAAAAGCUCCAGACGUGGAAACUCCUCAACGGUUUACUGCACGGAAAUGAUUUUUUGACACUCAUUAAAUGUAAUUAAGAUCUCUCUGAUAACAAUAAAAGCUUGUGUCAAAAAUGGCACUUUUGUAAAAAAAAAAAUAUGCAUUUUGAUCCCAUUUGUGAGCAAAAGCAAAUGUAAAAACUGUAUUUUCUUUAUUUUUUGCCGAAUAAAGUAUUUCUUUCAAAUAAAUAUCAAUACAUCUAGGUAAAUAAAAUAAUGAUCGUUAAAUGAUCUUCCACUAACUAGAUACUAGAUUUGUAAUAGACCACUUACAGACCUAUUGGUAAUUAAAUCCGUAAUAAUCUAUGAAUCACGAUGACUUAGACAUAACUACCUACCACGUACUCUGCACUUCACAUGGCUUGACAGUAAUUAUAUUGAUAUACUUCGUUAUUAUGUGAAGUAGGUACUUUAUAUACCUACUUCCAUUAAAUGCUAAUAACUAUUGCUAUGAUGAAUGACAUAGCUUGGCGCAGUUAUUAGGUAUACCUACUUAAGUUCGAGAAGCGGUGGUAGUGUAAUUGAUAAGACGUUCGCCUGUGAACCGAAAGAUCCCAGGUUUGAAUUACUUCUCAUGCCACAUGAUUUUGUAUGAAGAAUAACUUCGAUCAAAACUUGAAAUUCCUUUCUGGGUAAGUCCGCCUUUGUUAUUUUACUGUUUUCUCUGUAUGUGAUUUUUUCGUGCAAUAAAGACUGUACAAACCAA